GUUUUUUAUCUGCUUUCCGAAAGGAAGUGUUGUUGGUCAACUUUAUACAUAUAUGGUCGACUUUUACUUGAAAUAAGAGGUUAUGUAUUUUCUAUCAAAAAUAAUGAUGCUGGGUACUUAUGUGAAAAUUUAUACUGUGAUUAGGCAAUGAUUUAAAGUUUUAUUUGAGCCAUGGAUAACAAGGAAAGCAAUGCAGAUGAAAUAGAAUUUAACAAUAUAGAUGGGAGAGAUUCAAAUAAUGUAGAUGAGAUAGAUUCAAAAAAUUUGAACGAGGCAGAUCCAACACAUGGAACUCCCUUGAAGUAUGAUCCAAACUUUAAAGGGCCAAUCAAAAACAGAUCAUGUACAGAUAUUAUCUGUUGUCUUUUAUUCCUGAUCUUCAUUGGAGGUCUGGUUGUGGUUGCAAUCUUUGCUUUUAAAUAUGGAGAUCCCAAACUGUUGUUGUAUCCAGUGAACUCAGACAAUGAGCUUUGUGGUUAUGGAAAACAUAUAGGGAAGAAUUAUCUGUUUUUCUUCGACCUUGUUUCUUGUGGUAGAAUGGGGGUAGGAGUAUUCGUUACUGGAUGUCCCACACCUCAGAUUUGUGUAGCUGAAUGUCCUGGAAGCAACUUUAUAUACAAUCCAAUAUUAGGCAAGAGUCAGUUUGAGUCAAAAUAUUGUAAACCUGAAUUUAUAGGUACAAGUGAGUCAUCAAAAGAUUUGGUAAAAAAAGACGUUUGUUCUCCUUAUUAUUUCAAGAGUCGACCAGUUAUAAAUCGAUGUGUUCCAUCUUUUUUGUUUGAUUUCUUGGAUAAAGGUGGAAAUCUUUUGGAAAUGGUAAAAAAUCAAAGCUUAAUUAAUGUAACAGACAGUUCUGACAAUACUCUAUCAGAUGAUGUCAUCAAAGAGGGAUUAAAUGUAUAUGGAAUAUUUCUGAAGGCCAAAGAGUAUGGUGAGAAGAUUGUUGAAGAUGUUGUCACCUCAUGGUGGAUGAUUAUUAUCGGCCUGUUAAUUGCCACGUUGCUGUCAUUAAUAUGGAUAUUUGUCAUGAGAUGGUUGGCUGGUGUCAUGGUGUGGUUCACAGUUUUAGUAUUUAUUGCACUGUUUGGAUUUGCAACAUGGUACUGUUUCUGGAACUACAUUGAUCUGAAAGACACAGAUGCAAGUUUUACUGUACAUUUUGCUGUAAUCAAGUUCAACUUUUCCAAGCCUAAGAUGUUUCUAGCAUUUGGUAUAAUUGCAGCUAUAAUAUUAGCCAUUGUAUUACUGGUAUUACUUAUCCUGUGUGAGAGAAUCAAAAUAGCAAUAGCUCUAAUCAAAGAGGGUAGCAGAGCUGUUGGUAGUAUGAUGUUUACACUGAUUUUCCCUUUCUUCCCAUUCAUCUUAGAAAUAGCAGUGAUUGGUUUUUGGAUAACUGUAGCUGUCUUUUUAGCCAGCACUGGAAGAAAUCAGACAUUUGAAUUCAACAACAAGACAGAAUAUCAGUUUGAUAAUCAUACAUGGGAUUACUUAAAAAUUCAAAAAGCAUCUUCAAAGUACUUAGGUGAUCUUGGUUGUAAAGACCCAUCAGUAAAUGAAAGCAGAAGUGAUGUGUGUCAGUUUUUGAAGAACCAGGAAGAACAUUUUGUAUUCUACUCACAGAUCUACAACUUGUUCAUGCUGUUUUGGUUGGUGAACUUCUGUAUAGCCCUAGGCCAGAUGUCACUAGCAGGAGCAUUUGCUUCUUACUAUUGGGCAUUUAACAAACCUAAAGAUGUUCCUGUUUUCCCACUGUUGGGAUCUGUUUGGAGAAGUUUCAGAUAUCAUCUAGGAUCUUUAGCAUUUGGAUCUCUGAUAAUAGCCAUUGUACAGAUCAUUCGAGUUUUACUGGAAUAUGUAGAUGGUAAAUUAAAAGGAUCUGAGAACCCUGUUGCUAAAUUUUUUGUGAAAUGUCUGAAGUGUUGCUUCUGGUGUUUGGAGAAGUUUUUACGUUUCCUGAACAAGAAUGCCUACAUAAUGAUAGCAGCUCAUGGGAAGAACUUUUGUACAUCAGCUAAAAAUGCCUUUAUGUUGAUCAUGAGGAAUUGUGUUAGAGUAGUUGUCAUAGACAAAGUAACAGAUUUUCUACUGUUUAUAGGCAAGCUUGUAAUAGUUGCUGGCUCUGCUGCCUUGUCAUUUUUCUUCUUUGAUGGAAGAAUAGAUUUUCUAAAGACGUACACACCAACUCUUAAUUUCUAUGUCGUUCCUAUUGUGCUGAUAACAGUUGGAUCGUAUGUUAUAGCCAGUUGUUUCUUCAGCGUAUAUGACAUGGCAGUGGAUACACUUUUCCUUUGUUUUUUGGAGGAUUUGGAAAGAAAUGAUGGCUCUGAACAGAAACCUUACUAUAUGGGAAAAGAACUAAUGAAAAUUUUAGGCAAGAAGAAUACAAAGCCAAAAGUAUCAAAAAAGGAUAAAGAUGAAGAUUACUAAUUAAAUUCACCAUUGCAUUUUAUAAUCUGUGAUACGAUUAAUAUAUGCUGUACAAUCAUUUAUAUAAUCAUUGACAUGACUUUUUGAGCGGUUACACGUUAAUGCUGUCUCUAUUGUACAUAUCUGCAUUAUAGAAAAUAUUAAACAGAUGUUAAGCUAUUGUAUGAAUUUCAACCGAAUAAGAAUAUUUAUAUAUUUUUAAUUUAUUUAUCAGUAUUGAUUAUGUAUAUAUUGUAAAUUCCGAAAUCAGGGUGAUUGUUUAAAUAAUUCAAAAAAUGUGACCAGAGUUCAGGUUUCAUAAUAUUUAAAACGGACAUUUUUAUUCUUAUCGUGUAUAUUUCUGUUCAAAAUUUGCCAAGAGUUGUAUUAAUAAAUUUUGUAUUUCAAUCAA